ACGUACCUCCAAGUCUGUUCAAGAACUUUGAACCUUUUGGGGAAACUUGUCGUUCUGUAUAAACCGUUAAGCUACGUAGCAAACGUUCAAUCCAACUGAACUCACCUCUUGAGAUCAACUUUACAAUGGAGAUGUGAUCGUUAGCUACAAUGCCUGUCCUCGCUUCAUUGUUGCAUUCAAAUGUAACUACAAGUUGUGUUCCAUGUUUACUUUUCCUAACGGAUGCAUUGGACAACAUGCGGGAGCUGACAUUAUUCUUUAGACUUGUAAAAUUCGACAGCUCAUGAUAGCGGAUAGCUUUCGCUAAAGAUGGUACAACAAAUGCAUGAAGCAAGACAAGCUAACGGAAAAACUUUAGAGAGCGGCGGGACAGGGGGUAUUUAGCUAUGGAUAGCCCAAUGUUUUCGAAGUACUCAUGGCUCGAUUUUAUUUUCUCGGUAGUCGGUGUGUGUACCUUCUUGUUUGACGUGGGAUCCGACAUUUGGGUCGCUACGGAGUUCUACUCGCGUGGGGAUUUCUUCUGGUUCGGGGUGUUGAUCGGCCUUAUGAUCCUGUCUUCGGUAGUGGUCCAGAUGUUUAGCUGGUUCUGGUUCAAAUACGACCGCGAACUGGAGGGCUUCGAUGAGCAAACUGCCAAGAAUGUCCUCUUUGGAGGCUGCGUCAAACUUUCAUUCCUGCUACAUGUACUUCAGCUCGGAUUCUUUUGCAGACACAUCUCAGCCAUAUGGCAGGGCUUCCGUGUGUGGUGGCGACAGGAGCAGGGCUCUGGGUACGCCGUGUACCUGACCCACGACCUGAGCAUGCUGCGCCUCAUCGAGACCUUCUGUGAGAGCGCCCCGCAGCUCACCCUCAUGACACACAUCAUGCUGCACACCAACAAGGCCAGGACGGUACAGUGUGUGAGUGUCGUGGCGUCAACUACUUCCAUAGCCUGGAUGGUGGUGGAUUAUCACCGUUCCCUGCGUUCCUUCCUCCCAGACAAGGCCAAGCAGGGCUGGGGCUCCUCAGUGGUCUACUUCCUGUGGAACCUGCUCCUCAUAGCGCCGCGCGUGGCAGCAGUCGCCCUGUUCGCCACAAUUCUGCCCUCCUACCUGGCUGCCCACUUCCUGCUUAUCUGGCCAGUGCUGGUGUUCUGGGUGUGGCGGCAGGAGACAGACUUCAUGGACAGCGCCGGUGGAGAAUGGCUCUACCGGGCCACCGUAGGUCUCAUCUGGUACUUCAGCUGGUUCAACGUGGCGGAGGGAGGGACCAGAAGGAGGAGCAUCAUCUAUCACUCCUUCAUGGCUACGGACGGGGGGAUUCUGCUUGUCACAUGGUGGUUCUACAGAGACCCGGUCCUGACACAGUCCUACGCCCCCAUCCUGCUGGCCACUCUGCCCCUCACCUACCUGAUGGGAGUCCUGUUUAAAACACUCUACUACUACUGUUUCCACCCCACGCUGUGGAUGCCCUCUGUCAGGGAGGCAGGGUUAGAAGAGGAGCUGCCUGAUGGUCAGGAGAUGGUGUUCAGAUCCAUCUCCCAACAAACUGGUACUCCCCGGUUCCGUAACAAGAGGAUGGCAAGCCAUGCCACUCACUUCUACUCCGAGGAGGAAGCCAGGAAGCCCAGUAAGAUAAACGGGCGCGAGGCCAACACUGUUGUCUGACUGGAUGUGCUUGAACGAGGCUCUUAUUUACAUGCAAUGAUGGAGUGAUGGAAUGUCUGGUGUCUCUUUCUACACCAUCCUGUUUUUCCAUGCUGCAUUUUUGUAUAAAUAAGGUGCUGCACAGACUUUGUUUUAAUUAGCAUAUUCUGUGAAACAGUGAUAAGGUCACUGAAGUUUUGUCCCAAAUGGCACCAUAUUCCCUAUAUAGUGCACUACUUGUGGCCAGGGCCUAUAGGGAUAUGGUCAAAAGUAGUGCACGAUGUAGAGACUAGGGUGCCAUUUGGGAUAAAGUCUGAGCAGGUUCCAUUGAUCAAUAAUUGGAGUUGUCAUGAAACAGCUAUUGGGUUAUUCAACGAAAUUAGUCCUUUUUGGGUUCUGUAACUUAGUGGGAGAAAAACAAUGUUUUAUUUCACUCAAUUGUAACAUUCUGUCACAAAGAGCACAUGUUCAACUUAAUAAAAAAACAUAUUUUCCCAUCUCAAGAGGUUAAAUAACAUUAAAAAAACUAUAUUAAGUGGCAAAUAAAGUCACAGGAUUGAUGACUUUAUAUUAAAUCAGCGAUAGUUCCCCUUGUGACAGGGGGAAUAUAAGCUUGUGUGCAACAGGGAGAGGCAAUUGAAUGCAAGCUUCACAAAACAAUUGAAAUUGUAAAACAUUUCUAGCUUGUCUAUCCACGGGUAACAGGGUUGAUGUCUUAUCCUCGAACCACUCAGUUUUCCACCACAAAACACCAGAAAAUGGCCAAAACAAGUAGAUUCAGCUCACCUGCUCUUACACUAUUAAUGUUCAAUGUACAAAAUAAAAAUAUUGUUUUCAUCAUAUUAAAAUGAGAGUUCAGAUCAAGAAACAGUAUUGACCUUAAAAUGAGGGAAAGAAAAGUAAAAAUCUUCCUAGAUGUCAAAAUGGUUUUGUACUUUCGCAAGUCUUCAUUUAUAAUUAAAGCUCAGAGUUGAUAGAAUUUUCUAUUCGGUCAAUAUUAAAGGGAUACUUUGGGAUUUUGGCAAUGAGGCCCUUUAUCUACUUCCCCACACUUAGAUGUGGAUACCAUUUUUUUAUGUCUCCAUGUCCAGUAUGAAGGAAGUUAGAUGUAGUGUCGCCAGCCAAUGCUAAUUAGCGUUUGUGCAAUGAAUGGAAGUCUAUGGGUAUCUUAAGUUAGCAUUUGUAAGUCGCUCUGGAUAAGAGCGUCUGCUAAAUGACUUAAAUGUAAAUGUAAAUUUGCACUAGAGCUAGUUAGCAACUUCCUUUAAACUGCAC